AUGAAAUAAAAUGAUAAACAUCCUAUAAAAUCAAAAAUUCCAGUUGCAAAGGGAAAACAUGCAUUUGAAUGUGGAGGUUAAAGUAUUAGUUAAAAAUUUAGGUCAGACAUUUAUAGUGGAGGAGAAAUACGAAUUCAUAAAGUAAAUAGGAUAAGGAGCUUAUGGAGUAGUAUGCUCUGCGAAAAAUAAAAAGAAUGGUUAGAUGGUAGCAGUUAAGAAAGUAUUUAUAUGAAUUAAAUAAAGAUUCCAAAUGCAUUUGAGGAUUUAGUGGAUGCUAAGAGAAUAGUGAGAGAGAUCAAAUUAUUAAGUAAUUUCAAAUUGUUAUUGUUAGAGUUUUUUGAUCAUGAGAACAUUAUUUCUUUAGUAGAUUUACCUAGACCAGAAUCAAAAACAGGAUUCAAUGAUAUAUAUAUAAUAACAGACUUAAUGGGCACAGAUUUACAUAAAGUCAUUUAUUCAUCAUAAGCUUUGACAGAUGAACAUAUUUAAUAUUUUGCAUAUCAAAUGUUAAGAGGAUUACUUUAUAUACAUACAGCAAAUGUUAUACAUAGAGAUUUAAAACCAAGUAAUAUCCUUUUGAAUAAGGAUUGUGACUUAAAAAUUUGUGAUUUAGGAUUAGCUAGAGGUUAUGAAACAGAGGAAGAAUUUAAAACUGAAUAUGUGAUAACAAGAUGGUAUAGAGCACCAGAAGUUAUUUUGAAUGCAUCUGAAUACACAAAAGCAGUUGAUAUAUAUGCAGCAGGAUGUAUUAUAGCAGAACUUUUAGGUCGUACACCAUUAUUUCCAGGUAAUUAUUAAAUUAAUAAUGUAAGGUGAGGACUAUUUAGAUUAAGUAUAGAGGAUUAUUUCAGUUUUAGGAACACCUACUCCUGAUGAUAUGAAAUAUAUAGGAAAUCCAAAUGCUAUAAAUUAUAUUAAAAGUUUGCCUAAAAGAACAAAACAGUCAUUUACUUAACUCUAUCCUAAAGCAAAUCCAAAAGUUUGUGAAUUAUUAACUAAGAUGAUUACAUUUAAUCCAGAUAAAAGAUAUACUGUUGAAUAAUGUUUAGAACAUGAUUAUUUUGAUGGAUUACAUAAUCCAGAAGCUGAACCUAGAUGUGAUAAAGUAUUUGAUUGGAGUUGGGAUAAUUUUGAAUUAAAAAGAGAAACAUUAUAAAAAAUGGUUUAUGACGAAUCUUUAUAAUUUAAUCCUGUCAAAUUGUGA